CAGGAAGUGUUUACGUCACAGACACGUUUGCAGUCAGGCGAUUACUGAGAUGGCAGAUUUGUCGUUGUAUUUGACUAAUGUCAACGUUUCUUUGGGACAAACUAUGGAAGCUGAUAAGUGUGCAGGAGCAGCAGAAUUUGAGAGUGUGGAGAUGGGGGACAGUGCAGGGAGGCAGGGGAAGGUGAAGGUUCCCCGCAGGACCAUCUACUUUGCCAGUGGAGAGACCAUGGAGGAGUACAGCACUGAUGAAGAGGAGGAAGAAGAGGUGCCUGUGAAGAAAGACGUCACUACUACAGAUCCGUCCAAACUGACCUGGGGCCCUUACUUCUGGUUCCACAUGUGGAGAAUGGCAACCUCCACUAUCUCAGUGUGUGACUACAUGGGAGAAAGACUGGCCUCUCUAUUCGGCAUCACCACUCCAAAGUACCAGUAUGCUAUCGACGAGUACUACCGCAUAAAGAAAGAGGAGGAGGAGGAAGAGGAGGAGAACCGUCUGGCUGAGGAGGCGGAACGUCGGUUUGCAGAGCAGCAGAGAGAGCAGCAGGAUGAUCCCACGUCUCCACAUUCUGCUACCGUGGAGCAGCCAGAGGCAUCUGCAGCAUCUUUUGUAAACAUUAGCUUUGAGCUGGAUCCUGAGCCUCCUCUCAGGAGUCCAGACACCAACAGAGUCCCGUCUCCUCUCCCCUCCUGAACACUCAGACAAGCCUCUAACAGUCACAUCCUUCUAUCAGUUGGCAAAACCUUAAUUUACUGAGCUGUAUAAACUAAUAAUAUGGUUAUUUUUCUAUCUUUUUUUAUUUUAUUAGAAGAAGAUCUUAGUACACAGUGCAGGGAUAAAUGAAAAGGGCUGGUGGCUGCACUAGCCUUAACCUGUGAAUGUACAGAGUGUAGUUGUAUGUAAGACUGAGAUGUUAUCAGACUGGGCUGAGCUCACUUCAAAUCGAUACCAGCUGAGGCAGGGAAGUAAAUGCUGUAGUGAUGCUGAGGUUAAUGCUGAAGACAUCGCUCUCAGUGUUUUUUCAUUGAUUAUAAACAGAAAGUGAGACAGAAUCCUGUACAAACACACAUUAUGAUACUGUUAUUGAUCCUGCUACUAUGCAUAUUAAUAUGACAUUCAGCAAGUUUUUCUUGAUAAUUUGCACUAAGAACACGAUGCACUCCGGUUCAGCCAGUCACUGCUACACUAUCAGAUCUGGAAUUUAGAAAGCCUUAAAAACAUUUAUAAAACUGUUGAGGACUAACCCGUUGACCUGAAUUCACUUUUACUCAUUUUAGAUGCAGCGCAUACAGAAUAUAUAUUAAGUAUAAUUUUUCAGUUUUUCAAAAUUUCAAAAGAGAAGUAUUAAAGUAGAGGGCUGUAAAACAUUUGCACAGAAACCAUAAAGUUUGAGUCGUCAAACAGCCUGUCAGUCAUUUAUAAGUUCAACAUAAUGUCCUCAUACUUAAAAGGAACCCUGCACUAUGAUUCAUUUCAAUUCAUGGUCCGACACAUGUAAGAGCUUUACUGUUUAUGAACAAUGUUUUAAUAUGUUAGCUUUGUGCAGAAGAUACACCUCCUGAGCUGUGGUCUUUAUCGUAACACACUUAUUAAUGUUUGUAGCCCUUGUUGCAGAUAUUUGAUGAAGUAACUGGAUGGGUACUUUGAUUCUGAUAUCAGUCAUAGUGUCCAUAUAGCUACAUGCCAUAUUAAUAGACCUGUCCUUUGAAGUUUAAAUGCUGUUUUCCUUUCUUUAGAUGUUGCAGCACUCAGGUACUGUGUUUAGUGUGAAUCAUUUGCCUCCAACAAGAAGCAGCAGUGCGUUAAAACUGACGUGAUAUCCUAAUCUACCUUCUGUUCACACCUGUCGCCAUGUAAAACGUGUUUCUGUGGUAAUUUAACAGUAAUACUUAAAAUCUGCUACUAUGUGACUGAUGAUGCCCACGUUGUAUAGCGCUCCUCAUUCUUCAAGUGUCCUUGGUUGAGCCAUCCUAAGCUUCUUAACUGUUUUUAUCCGCUGAUGUGGCAGUUGUGAAUCACAGGCCUCCUCACAGCAGCAGUGUUCAAUCAGAACUGGAACAGCUACAGACUGGAGCUGAAAUGACAAUUCAUCAGACCAUAGAAUAUUGUUGUGUUGUUACUAAGAGCUGGUAGGUAAACAUCUCACCCUGCAGUAGUCAUUGAAGGAUGCAAAGGCUUUUAUUUUUGAAGCAGGUAAACUUAUGCAAAACAUUUGGUUAUUGUAACUGAAACUUUAAUGAAUCUUUGUAGACAUAUUUAUACUUUUGUUGUGUCAAUAAAAUGGAUAAAUUUG